GUUUGAUCCUGCUCUUCUACCUGGUCUUCUACCUGUUCCUGGCUGGGAUGUUCGUCCUCACCAUGUACAUCAUGCUGCUGACCCUCGACGACUAUAAACCCACCUGGCAGGACCGCCUGGCCACUCCAGGGAUGAUGAUUCGUCCUAAAGGCGAUCAGCUGGAGAUCACUUUCUCAGUGUCAGAGACUGAAAGCUGGGACGGUUUAAUCCAGAACCUCAACACGUUCCUCUCUCCGUACAACGACAGCUAUCAGGUUCAGACCAAUGAUAACUGCCCUCCGGAUCAAUACUUCAUUCAAGAAGACAGUGCAGAGGUAAGGAACAACCCGAAGCGUUCCUGUCAGUUUAAUCGGACAAUGUUGGAGGAGUGUUCUGGAAUUUCUGAUCGUUUCUACGGUUACAGCAGCGGUCAGCCCUGCAUCCUCAUCAAACUGAACCGGGUUAUUGGUAUGUUGCCAGGGAAGGACGGUCAGUCUCCUUAUGUCACCUGUGGAGCCAAGAGGGAGGACAGUGACAGUAUGGGACAGCUUGCGUACUAUCCUCCUAAUGGAACCUUCAACCUCAUGUACUACCCGUACUACGGCAAGAAAGCUCAGGUGAACUACACUCAGCCGCUGGUGGCCGUGAAGUUCCUGAACGCCUCUAUGAACACGGACAUCAACGUGGAGUGUAAAAUCAACUCCAACACUCUGAUCGAAGGCACCGAGCGGGACAAGUUCGCCGGACGGGUUUCCUUCAAACUACGGAUCAACAGCAAAUAGACACACACACACACACACACACACACACACACACACACACACACACACACACACACACACACACACACACAGGUCAAAGCUGCACUCAUCAUUAUGUCCUCAAACACACACCACGUGUCGUUUCCCCGCUCAGCUCCAUGAUGUGUUCACUGACAGUCCGAAUUAUGAUUUAUCUGUAUUCACAGUCUGUUUGUCCCUGUCGUCGUGGUAACACUGAUGCGUUUCGUUUUUCUUCCUCUGAUUUGUUUGUUUGUGCGACGACCUCGAUGCAGCUUCACUCAAAACACACUGACCCUGAAACCGACCAAUCAAAUCACAUGCUGUGAUGUCACUGCCAAGUACGAACACCUCGGUCACAUCAACGAGCACAAGACCAAACGACUGACGUGUUUAUGUGUUGUUUAUUUAUUUAUUCAUUGUUUAUUUAUUUUGAUUAUUGAUGAAAAAAACGUUUCAUUCACAUCCAUAUCAUAAAUGUUUACAAUCACUCUGACUCCUGAUUGGUCUCUUUUUCACUCAGUAAGAAGGCUUCUGAUUGGUUGUCCAGUUUAACAAAUUCAAAACAAGCUGUGGACAAAGAACCGGUUUGAUCUGGUUUAAUCCGGUUUGAUCUGGUUUUGUAUACCAGCCAUAUGAAAGCUUUUUGUCCAAUCAGAUGUGAGCUUUAGUAACCAUGGACACAGCUCUGGUGUGUGAUGUCACAGCUUUUGUUAUUUCUUGUUUUUGUGAUUUUAUAAUUAGAUUAGAUAAUUAGUGAAAGAUGUAAUGACUUAGUGAGUUUAGUUAACGAGGGAGUUAACGAGUUAGUUUGAGUUAGUUCACUAAUUAGUUAACGAGUUAGUUUAUGAGUUAGUUAACGAGGUAGUUAUUAAUGAGUUAGUUUUUGUUAACAGGUUAAGUUAACAGGUUAAGAAGACUUUAGUCCUUACAUGUUUGUUUUUGUUGACUGUUUUUGUUUAUGUAUUUUUGCUUUGUUUACAAAUGUCAUUGUGGGGCUCAGCAUGACAAUAAUUACCAUGGCAACAAAGUCAAGUGACACACACACACACACACACACACACCCCUGUAAACCACUCUUAACGUGCCACGUGGAAAUGCCCCUCCUCACCUGUACUGCUCUCCACCAAUUGUCUUCCUUUGAAGAGUGACCAGCCAAUCAGGCGGUCCUGCUGUAUGAUGUCAUGAUACUUGUUUGUGAUUGGUUGAUUUCUCCUGCCUGAAAAUGUCCCUGUGUUUAAGAAACAAUAAAAAACUAAAAACAAA